AUAGAGAGAGAGAGACCGAAACAGAGGGAGAGAAAGAGAGAUAUAAGGACUUUGUUCUAGUGCUUAAGAACUCGGUUUGCGCCAGCCAGCCAGCAGCAGCGAUAGGGCACGAAUCGCAGGAGGCUCGAACUCGUGUUAUCAAUGUCCGUCCGCAGUCACGUAUUGGAGGCAGACCGAGGGACUGCGUGUGUUAGUAUCCAUGUGUACGUGCUGGUAGUGUGUUACAGAAGUGUGUUUUUUUUUACGGUAUUUCUAAGUUCGAAGUUCUAUGGCGAGCUGUCAUGGGUAUCGUGGAGUGAUAAUGGAACCAUGAAGUUUGGUUUGGCUCGCUACAGCCCCAGAGAGGUUUGUUACGGGAAGGACAACGAUGGUGAUGAAACUGCCAGGGUGGUGGUGCUUACUCGGCCCUUUGCUAUUCUUCAGCCCCUGCGUGAAAGGAUCGUUUACCUCAGCCUGCCCCAACGCCACCGGGCAUGAGGGCACGCUCGUCCUGGGCCACGACAGCGCAGCGUGGUUCCGACCGAAAGCAGGCGCCAGAGGGAGGGAUUUCUCCCUGCAGUUCAAGCAAGGCCAAGAAACACUGUACGAACUCAAUCUCAAGAAGAGGUCCAGCCUAAUUAGAGUUAUCCUGACGGAGCGGAAGGGCGGCCAGCCAAUCUUCGACAUGGCCAGGAUACCUGAGGAUUAUUUUGCAGAGGAUUCCUGGGCCUCCUUCCGUAUGAGCGAGGAGGAGGUCAGACUCGCCCUCAGAAAGAACGAAAAGGAGGGCAUGGAGACCCGACUGUGGGGGCUACAGAUGGAGUCCGUGGAUGGGGUUGUGACAGGCAACGACGUCUUAGCUUUGACCCAAUGCUCUCCUGUCAUAGAUCCCACCACGCCGACCCUUACCACCACGCCCCCAACGACUACCACGCCCCCCACCACCACCACGCCCACCACCCCAACGCCGCCCAUUUCUUCCAGCACUGAGGCCUGGACGGGCACCGCGCCGCCGGGAGACGACACCACGCCCGCCGAAGGAGGCACCGACGCCACGGCCGCCGGAGGGGGCGAGGGCGGGAGCUCGGACGACCCAGAUGUGCUCGAGGCGGCCGAGGGCGCCGCGGCCGGUGGGCGGUGCUUCGGAGGAGCGCCUCUGUGGGCGUGGAUAUGCGCCUGUCUGCUGGGGCUUCUUGUGAUCCUGCUGCUGGUCCUGGCCGUGUACGUGGUCGUCCUCAGCGGCCAGAACAGGAGGAUGAGGGCGCGGCUGGCGAAGGAGGGGCCCGCCAGCCGCAGCCGCCUGGCGCCGUCGCCGAGCGCGGGGCUGGGCGUGCAGACGAGCGAGGUGGAGUUCUACCAGGUGCGCAACCCGAGCCUCAUGGUCGCCGCCGGAACCCUGUCCAGCAGCCACACCGCCCCGCGCCUCCCCGGCGGCCACCACGCCGUGUACACGCCCGCCUCGCAGGCCUCCAAGGGCCACGGCUCGUCCUCCACGCCCAGACUCUCGGCCUUCAGGAGAUCCAUGUCCCAGCCGGUCCCCAUUGAGGCUGGCCGCCGCGACCCGCCCUCGUUCGAGUUCCCGGGCCCGCCCGCGACGCCCCCGGGCGAGCUCGAAGACUACGUGAACGCCGAGACCCUCAUGAUCGACGACUCGCAGCGCCGGGGCCAGGCGAGGGACGCCGAGCCCUUCCCCAGGAGCGUGGACAGCCUCCUGCGGGAACUGCAGUUCGAGUGAGAGCCAAGGUCCGGCCUCGUGGAGUCACCGCAUAAUGACCAGAAUGAUUUACGCCACGUAGUUCGGAAAGUCACCAAUUGGCUAUUGCUGAGACAUGCCUUACGUCAUGAAACUCGGAGAGUAACGUCACUCAUUGAACACUGAUAAGACUUAUCUUACGUCACGAAGCGAAGAGUAACGUCACCCACGCCUCCAGAUUGCAGUUGCAAAUAUUACCUUAAAUGCAACACGACCCAAAACAACACAGCUGGGAGCACGUGACGUCAGCGUGUGGACUGAAAUAGCCGGUCAUUGCAAUGGACAAAUGAAAACCGUAAAAUCCAUUGAUUCCUUCCUUAUUUUCAUUAGUCUGUUCAUCCAUUAAAUUCUGGUUUUAUUGCUCUGUAAAGUGUAAUUUUUCAAUGGCUAUUAUUUUUCAUAUAUGUGAUAUGAUCAAAGUCUUGUUUUGAUUAUUAUUACUAUUGUCAUUUUUAUCAUUACUGUCGAUAGUUUAUUCAUUAUUAUUGCUGAUAUUGUUAGUAAUUUU